AUGUCCGUCAAAGCAUACAGUGCCCCCGGCAAAGCGCUUAUUGCCGGAGGCUACUUGGUCCUCGACCCCCUCUACAACUCCUAUGUGACUGCCUUGUCAGCCAGAAUGCACGCUGUCGUCCAAAAUGGGCCAUCGUCUGACCACAGCCAGAUCACCGUCAAAUCACCUCAGUUCCAAGGCGAAUGGGUGUAUGAUAUUGGUACUGACCACAGCACCAUCGAGGCUGCGAGUGCUAGCAACCCAUUCUUGGCUGCCACGGUCUCCACUGUGUUGGGAUACGUCCAGCCGUCAUCCAAGUUCAACAUCGUGGUGACGAUCUACUCGGACCCAGGAUUCCAUUCCCAGGAGAAUACCACAGCAGUGGAAUCUGCUAACAAGCACAAACGGUUCUUAUACCACCAGCAAGCCAUCCAUGAGGUCCCCAAGACGGGUUUGGGGCUGUCAGCAGGGUUGGUGUCGGUGGUGUGUGCUGCGUUAUUGGGGCACUUUGGCGACUUCUCCCAGAACGUGAUCCACAACACGGCCCAGAUCGCCCAUUGCAUUGCCCAGAAGAAGAUCGGGUCAGGCUUCGACGUGGCUGCAGCCGUCUACGGGUCCAUCAUGUACCGAAGAUUCGAGCCCAGCCUCAUCAGUCUGGCUGUGGGCGGAAACCGCGACGGAUUGACCCACUUGAUUGAUUCAGACUGGAAUUUCAACCACGCUCCCUGCACACUUCCGCCCCACGUCAGAAUCCUCAUGGGAGACAUCCAGGGGGGCUCAGAGACCCCCAAGUUGGUGUCGAAAGUGUUGCAAUGGCGUGCAGACCAGCCCCAGGAGAGCUUGGCCAUUUACACCGCGCUCAACCAGGCCAACCAGGACUUGAUGGACUCGUUGGCCGCCCUCCACCACCACCACUCAGCCAACGAGCACGAGUACAUGGCAGCCAUUAACUACUUGCACAACAAGUCGAUUGCCAGCGUGGAGUUGUAUCUAGGCCUUCAGCCUGCAUUGAAGACCACGCUCGCGCCAUUCUUGGCUGUUACCGACGCUAUCUCCAGAAUCAGGUCCAACUUGCGAAAAAUGACCCGCGCGUGUGGGGCUGAGAUUGAGCCGAUUCCACAGACCAAGCUUUUGAAUGACUGUGGGACGCUUAGAGGCUGUCUUGGCGGAGUUGUGCCAGGAGCAGGAGGCUAUGACGCCAUCAGUUUGUUGGUGAUCGAUUCCAGCAUUGAGUCCAUUGUGGAGUGCACCAGCACCGAUGCUCGGUUUUCCAGAGUGGCCUGGCUCGAUCUACACGAGCAGAAGAGCGGGUUGGUGCAGGAAAGGAGCGAGGACUACCAGGGCUUGGAUUAG